AAAUCAUACUUUUGAUGGAAAGGUUGCGUGUAUUCUGCGAAAACUUAGAAACUGGCAAUCAUUGGUCACUGUUAUCCGAGCCCUACAAUCACCUAAAAUCUACUUUAUGGAGGAGGCCUGGAUGGCAAUGAAGAAUGCCUUUCCCAUACACUUCAAUGAUUACCUAAAACUGUGUCGAUUGGUUCGUCUGAACGAAACCUGUAUAAUAGGCUCAACAUUUGGUCCCAGUAUUCCUACAUUAGCUGCCCUGCUCUCUAGACUAAGCAUUCACUGUAUCGCCACUUGGGAUCUCUUGGAACAUAAGCGCCGGUGGACUGAACAGCCAUCCAUUGCAGGUUGGGUCGAUAACGAGCUGAUCGGGCAAUUGGUUGAGUCCCAGAAAAUGAGGCAAAGACAACAGGAACGGUAUAUGUUGUCAUUAGACGACAGUCUCUACACACUGUUGCCACUCAACGAUCCGAUCCGUUUGAUUCAUCACUUAUCGCUUCCACAGAAUUGGAGGCAAAAAGAUAUCAAAUACAUAACGCAUUCACAUCUUAAACCUAUAAUCAAGUGCUUUCAGACUUCA